AUGUCUGCCGGGGCCCGCCGCGGUCCCCGGGGCAGCCGGGCGCAGCCGCUCGCGCCCCUCUGGUGCUUCUCGGCCGCGCUGGGCGUGCUGUGGACCCCCGGCUCGCAGGCGUUCAACUUGGACGUGGACAAGCUCACGGUGUACAGCGGCCCCGAGGGCAGCUACUUCGGCUACGCGGUGGACUUCCAUAUACCUGCCGCUCGCACAGCGAGUGUCUUGGUGGGGGCGCCCAAAGCCAACACCAGCCAGCCAGACAUCGUGGAAGGGGGAGCCGUCUAUUACUGUCCUUGGCCCGCCGAGGGGUCUGCGCAGUGCAAGCAGAUACCGUUUGACAACACCAACAACAGAAAGAUCAGAGUUAAUGGAACCAAGGAACCUAUAGAAUUUAAAUCCAAUCAGUGGUUUGGAGCAACAGUGAAAGCUCACAAAGGGGAAGUUGUGGCCUGUGCCUCUCUGUAUCACUGGAGAACUCUUAAACCAACACCAGAAAAGGACCCAGUUGGCACUUGCUAUGUAGCGAUCCAGAAUUUCAGUGCGUACGCAGAGUACUCUCCCUGUCGGAACAGUAAUGCUGAUCCAGAAGGCCAGGGUUACUGCCAAGCAGGAUUUAGUCUGGAUUUUUAUAAGAAUGGAGACCUCAUAGUAGGAGGACCGGGAAGUUUUUAUUGGCAAGGUCAGGUGAUCACUGCCAGUAUUGCAGAUAUCAUUGCAAAUUACUCAUUCAAGGAUAUUCUAAGGAAAUUGGCUCGAGAAAAACAGACAGACGUGGCUCCAGCUUCCUAUGAUGAUAGUUACCUUGGAUAUUCAGUUGCUGCUGGGGAAUUUACUGGAGACUCUGAGCAAGAACUGGUUGCCGGCAUUCCAAGAGGAGCACAGAAUUUUGGAUAUGUUUCAAUCAUUAACUCUACAGAUAUGACUUUUAUUCAGAACUUCACUGGCGAACAGAUGGCAUCUUAUUUUGGAUAUACGGUCACAGUGUCAGAUGUUAACAAUGAUGGAAUGGAUGACGUACUGAUCGGGGCACCUCUCUUUAUGGAACGUGAAUUUGAGAGCAGCCCUAGAGAAGUAGGGCAAGUUUACCUGUAUUUGCAAGUGAGCGCGCUUGUCUUCAGGGACCCGCAGAUCCUUGCAGGAACCGAGGUUUUCGGGAGAUUCGGUAGUGCUGUGGCGCACUUAGGAGACCUGAACCAAGAUGGAUACAAUGACAUUGCCAUCGGAGCACCCUUUGCAGGCAAGGAUCAAAGAGGCAAAGUGCUCAUUUACAAUGGGAACAAAGAUGGCUUAAACACCAAGCCUUCCCAAACUCUGCAGGGAGUGUGGGCCUCACAGACCAUCCCUUCGGGCUUCGGCUUUACUCUAAGAGGAGACUCAGACAUAGACAAGAAUGAUUACCCAGAUUUAAUUGUAGGUGCAUUCGGAACAGGAAAAGUAGCUGUUUACAGAGCAAGACCAGUUGUGACCGUGGAUGCCCAACUUUUGCUGCACCCAAUGAUUAUCAAUCUGGAAAAUAAAACAUGCCAGAUUCCAGAGUCUCUGUCAUCUGUGGCCUGCUUCUCUUUAAGAGUAUGUGCAUCUGUAACAGGCCAGAGCAUUUCAAAUCCAAUAGGCUUGACUGCCGAGGUGCACGUAGACUCCCUAAAACAAAAAGGAGCCAUUAAGCGCACGCUCUUCCUUGACAACCAUCAGUCCCAUCGCAUCUUCCCCCUUCCCAUAAAGGGGCAGAAAUCCCUCCACUGCCAGGAUUUUGUCGUUUACCUCCGAGAUGAAACUGAAUUCCGAGAUAAAUUAUCUCCAAUCAACAUUAGCUUGAAUUACAGUUUGGAUGAAUCCACCUUUAAAGAAGGCCCAGAAGUGCAACCGAUAUUGAAUUACUACAUGGAAAACACCGUGACCCAACAGGCUCACAUCCUGGUGGAUUGUGGCAAAGACAACGUGUGCAUUCCUGACUUGAAGCUGUCAGCUAGACCAGAUAAGCAUCAGGUCAUCAUUGGCGAUGAAAAUCAUCUUACGCUCAUAAUCAAUGCAAGAAACGAAGGAGAAGGUGCCUACGAAGCUGAACUCUUUGUGAUAAUACCAGAAGCGGCAGAUUAUGUUGGGAUUGAACGCAGCAACAAGGACCUGCGACCACUGAGCUGUGAGUACAAGAUGGAAAAUAUAACCAGGAUGGUGGUAUGUGACCUUGGGAACCCUAUGGUGGCAGGAACAAAUUAUUCUCUGGGCCUCCGAUUUGCAGUUCCACAUCUUGAGAAAACAAACAUGAGCAUUAACUUCGAUCUCCAAAUCAGAAGUUCCAACAAGGACAACCCGGACAGCAAUUUUGUGAGCCUGCAAAUCAACAUCACUGCUGUAGCUCAAGUAGAAAUAAGAGGAGUAUCCCACCCUCCGCAGAUUGUUCUGCCCAUUCGUAACUGGGAACCGGAAGAGGAGCCCCGCAAAGAGGAAGGAGUUGGACCAUUGGUGGAACAUAUUUAUGAGCUGCACAAUAUUGGACCGAGUACUAUCAGUGACACUCUUCUGGAGGUGGGCUGGCCAUUCUCUGCCCGGGACGAAUUUCUCCUCUACAUUUUUCAUAUCCAAAUUCUGGGACCCCUGCAGUGUCAAACAAAUCCUGAUAUCAACCCACAGGAUAUAAAGGUAGGAGCCUGCCCGCCGCCCCCCCCAGAGGACACCCCCGAGCUGAGCGCCUUUUUGCGAAACUCGACCAUCCCUCAUCUUGUCAGGAAGAGAGACGUGCGGAUGCCGGAGCCCCACAGACAGAGCCCCGCAAAAAUCCUGAAUUGUACAAAUAUCGAGUGCUUACAAAUCUCCUGUGCAGUGGGGCGGCUAGAAGGAGGAGAAAGCGCCGUCCUAAAAGUCAGGUCACGGUUAUGGGCCAAGACCUUCCUCCAGAGAAAAAAUGAUCCCUAUUCUCUUGCAUCCCUGGUGUCCUUCAAAGUUAAGAAGAUGCCUUAUAAAGAUCAGCCAGCAAAACUCCCAGAAGGAAGCAUAGCAAUUAAGACAUCAGUUAUUUGGACAACCCCAAAUGUUUCCUUCUCAAUCCCAUUAUGGGUAAUAAUACUAGCAAUCCUUCUUGGAUUAUUGGUUCUGGCCAUCUUAACGUUAGCUUUAUGGAAGUGUGGAUUCUUUGACAGAGCGAGACCCCCCCCAAGAUGAUAUGAAUGACAGGGAGCAAUUGACAGAUGAGAAAGCCACGGAGGCAUGAGAAGUAAAAAACCCAAGCUCAAAACACACUAACACUGGUCCUGUUCAAGGAAAAGAAGGAACACAAAGGUUCAGUAAAGGUUUCCCUGUACUUGCCAGUGACCUAGGAAAUGGAAGGGCCCCAGAAAUAUCACUUCAUCUGUGCUGCACUUUGGAGAAGCUGCCACAGAGCCCAGAGAUCCUUCUGGGUGACGUAACGUCCAUCCUCAACACCGUGGAAACCAUUAGCAAUCAUGGAAGACGUCUUUUGCUUUAGUCGUUCUGUCUUUGGCAGACGCUCUGAAAUGGGCACGGGAACUCAAGUUGCUUUCCAGGUAAAUCCAACUCAAGUUGCAGAGAUGAACUGUCUGAAUCACAAUCGACUUCGGAAGGUGAACUAGGACCGAACCUUCCAACGCUACUGCAUCCAAUGGAAUAUUCGACACCUCCCUAUGGAAAAGAAAUGUUUCUAAUGAAGUUAUGGCUCAGGGAGACAAGCAUUAUGUUGUUAGUACUGUGAAAGUACUUUUGAAACGACAAAGAUGAUCUUGUAACUGAGGAUAAAAAUUUAUUUAUUUAUUCUCCAUGGCUCUAGGCAGAUGUUCUGGUCAUCUAGAAUAUUUGGACAUUACAAUUUGGUUAGCUGGUUUUUGAAAUCACUCACUAAAUUUCCUUCUAAGAUAACCAUCUUGUGCAGAUAAAUUAACAGAGCUUCUUCAGGAUUUAGACAGUGUUAAGGAAAAGCAGACAGUUUCACUUAAUACCAUGCCACCUGCUACCUGAAAUCACUUUUAUUCACAUUUUCCGGGGACUCACAUCUGCUUAAUUUAGCUUUGCAAAAAGAUGUAUUUAUACUUCCUUUUAGAGAAACAAAAAUCUUCCCAUUGACUUAAUUAGCUAGAAAUACACAAAUUUCAAGGUGCUCUGGAACCUGUCUGGUGGUUAAAAGUAAUGGUAAAAUUUCUAGAGUCCAUUAACAAAAAAGGAAUUUUACAAUAUGGGCGAGCAUUAUUUUUAAUAUCUAUAAGAAGCAACGCCAAUAUUUAGCUUGGGAUUAAAUACCUAUUUUCUCUACUGUACCUCAAAUUUAUAUACACAGGGAAGAUGUGUUAAGCAUACAUGGGAAAGAAAUAUAAAGUUAUGCAGAUGUGAGAUGAACCCAGAAAAGGGAUUCCUAAGAAUUUUAUUUACCAUUGUCUAU